GUGGCCUCCGCGUCACCCGCGCCCGCGGUGGCCACAACAUGGCUGCGGCGCCGGGGCUGCUCCUCUGGCUGCUCCUGCUCGGGCCGCUUUGGUGGGUCCCGGGCCAGAGCCACGCCAGCCCCGGCCGCCUCUUCUCGGACUUGAAAUUGUGCGGCGACAAAGAGUGUAGCAUGUUAAUGUACUAUGGUGAAGCUCUUGAAGACUUCACAGGUCCUGACUGUCGGUUUGUGAAUUUUAAAAAAGGUGACUAUGUGUAUGUCUACUACAAACUUGCAGGGGCAUCCCCUGAAGUUUGGGCUGGAAGUGUUGGACACUUCUUUGGAUAUUUUCCAAAAGAUUCUAUCAAGGUACAUCACAGAUAUAUAGAAGAAGAACUAAAGAUACCAGCAGAUGAAACAGACUUUGUCUGUUUUGAUGGAGGAAGGGAUGAUUUUGAUAGCUAUAACGUGGAAGAACUUUUAGGGUUUUUGAAACGGGAUGAGACUGCCCCAGGUAGAGCUCUGGGAGUGAGGCCAGCAGAUAGCGCUUCGGGAGUGCAGCCAACAGCUGGCCAUAUAGACCAUGAGGAUGAAAGAAAAGAUCUUUUGGUAGAACACCCCACAACAAAGGGUGAAAAGCACUCAGAAAAAGACCCAGAACUGGUCAUUUCUGGGGAAGAGAAGGAAACAGAGGAAUCUGGGAGCGGCCUAGCACAUCUCGAGUCAGAACCAGAGGGUGGCAAGGCACAAACAGUGACGGCUGAUCUUACUUCAACUAGCAAGCUCAGCCCCCUGCCAGCUUCUGAAAAGGGCAAAGAAUUUACGGAAGCACUCCACAGAGAGAUCCGGAGAGACAGCUUACAGAGUGAACCAGGACACACAACUAUGGGGAGUCCUGUGGUGGAAAUUAACAGUAAACACGAACUACCUCACCCCGGAGCCAUACAAGAGACGCAGGCUGCUGAGAGGCCGGAAGUGCCGAGUGUUCCACCUGGACAGCCAGAAGCAGAGGACGACCAUCCCCCCGAAGAGCUGCUAGAGGAUGAGAACGCUGUGAGCGCACAGCAGUCUAAAGAAAACCACCCCAGCGUUCAUGACAGAUCAGAUACGAAUCCUCAAGUACGCUUGGGGAUUCUUAAUCUUGGCACUAAAGAAAACGAAACAACCAUUACAAUUCUGGAUGUUGGGGAAAAGGGUGAAACUACACCCCAAGAGGGAGGUGGGAUGGGCAAGGAGUCAAGUAGUAUGGCGGCGGAUGGAGGAGAAAGCCACAUGGCAGAGGUGAGUAUCCAGGGGCCACCUCAAGCCGACGGCCUCCACGAGAAGACAGCAGCACAGACUCCAGGCUUCAAAGCCAUGCAGAGCACAGAUCCUGAUGCCCUACAAAAAGACAACCCCGAGGAGCUAGUCGACACCUUGGGACUUGAGAACCCUAGGGGAGAGGAAAUCUCAGAAGGGGGGCCUGAGACUACUGAGAACCUUGGAGGCUCUGAAAGCCAGGGGCCUGAGACCGGAGACCUCCUGGAUGGCAGGCCCUGGCAACCAACACCGGAAAUUCCCGAAAUAGUGCUCAAUGCUGUAAGGGAGGACCUGCCUAUCAUAAACAACUACUUCCAGGAGGACCAGCAGUCCCUGUAUCGUUUUCUUAAGUACUUUGAUGUACACGAGCUGGAGGGGAUGCUGCAAGACAUGGCAGUAAGACUGAAAUCAGCUCAUCGGGACAGCCUGCCCUACAAUGUGGAAAAAGUGCUAGAUAAAGUCUUCCGUGACUAUGAAUCACGAAUUCUGAGUGCGGCAGAGAGAAUGUUUGAUACGCAAAUGACCAUAAAUCCGGGCUUGAAAGAGAAUAGCGUGCUGGAAGAAGCUGCAGUGCUGGAAGACAUACAAGACCUGAUCUAUUUUGUCAGGUACCUGUACUCUGGAGAGAAGACUGCCCCACCGGCCACGCUUCCACCUAUGGAGGAUGUCUGGGCCGAACCAGGAGAAGAGAUGCAGCCACCCCAGCAGAACAACUUACCCCAAGAAAACACAGAUGAUCUCAGUGUGCAGCUUCCGGAAGAGUCUGGUUUCUUGGAUCAACCUGUGACUGGGUACACAAGUGCCUCAGAGGCGUCACAGAAGCAAAAUACCGAGAAAGACACAGAUCUAGGUCUCCUUGUAAAUGACGGGUCUCCUGCCGGGGCUGGUGAUGCCCUAGAGCAACUGGAGACAAGUGUGGAGGAGCCAGCGAAUGACCCACCCCUGGAAAAUACCCUUGGUUACAUAUAUUCCUUCAUUUUCUAUGUAAGUAAGAUGCUAAUCGCCACAUUUCCUGAUAAUGUUCAGCCUGUUGCUGACUUUUACGGAAUACCAUGGCAGCCAGUGAUUAUUACUGCAGUAUUGGGAAUUCUUUCAUUUGCAGUUUUCUCUUGGAGAACUAUUCUUGUUGUAAAGAGUACAGUAUAUGAAGUUACUGAGAAGCAAAUUUCUAAAAAGUUGGAGACUAUCAAGAAAGAAAAUAAAGAACUUAUAAAAAAAUUGUCAAAUUGUGAAAAAAAGAUCAAUGAGUCAAAGAAAUACAUUCAAGAAACGGAAAAAAAAAACAUGAUUCUGUCUGACGAAGCUAUUAAAUAUAAGGAUACAAUCAAGUUACUUGAAGAAACUAAUGCCACUCUGAUUAAAAAAGCCAAAAGUCUUCAUUGUCAGUUAGAGUCUCAAAGAGAAAACAACGCCAAGAACCAGGACUUGAUUCUGGAAAACAAGAAGUCUAUCAAGAAGUUGAAGGAUGUCAUUUUGAUGAAGGAGUCAGAACUUUCAGAGGUUCAAAUUGCCUUUAACAAAGCUAAGCUCAGUGAAGAGAAAAUAAAAUGUGAGUGCCAUCGGGUUCAAGAAGAAAAUGUCAGGCUUAAGAAGAAGAAAGAGGAGUUGCAGCACCAGAUUGAGGAGUGGAGUAAAUCAUACACCAAGCUCACUGAACAGGUCAAGCAGUUUGAACAGUCCCAGAGAGACUUAGAAGCAGCUCUUACCCACAAAGACAACAAUAUUAGUGCUUUGACUAAUUGCAUAACACAGUUGAAUCGAUUAGAAUGUGAACUUGAAACUGAGGAUCCAAAUAAGGGGGAAAAUGAGUCAGAUGAACUGGCCAAUGGAGAAGUGGGAGGUGACCGAAGUGAGAAGAUAAAAAAUAGAAUUAGACAGCUGAUGGACGUCUCUCGGACACAGACUGCAUUCUCAAUAGUUCAAGAGGACCUAAAACUUUUACAAGUUAAGCUAAGAACAUCGAUGUCCGUGAAAUGUGACCUGGAAGACCAAGUAAAGAAACUGGAAGGUGACCACAACUUGCUGCAGACUACUAAAGCUAGGCUGGAAGAUGAGUGCAAAUCUCUGAAGCAGAAAGUGGAGAUUCUAAAUGAGCUCUACCAGGAGAAGGAGAUGGCUCUGCAGAAGAAAUUGCAUCAAGAAGAAUAUGAGAGGCAAACCAGAGAACAGAGACUAUCGGCUGCAGAUGAAAAAGUGGGCUCGGCUGCAGAAGAGAUAAAAUCUUACAAGCGGCGAAUUGAAGAAAUGGAAAAAGAACUUCAGAAAACAGAACGCUCAUUUAAAGACCAGAUUGCUACUCAAGAAAAGAAAGCUCAUGAUAACUGGCUCAAAGCUCGUGCUGCAGAGAGAGCUAUGGCAGAGGAGAAGAUAGAAGCUGCUAACUUAAGGCACAAAUUAUUGGAAAUGGCCCAUAAGAUGGCAAUGAUACAAGAUGAACAUGUGAUCGUGAAACCAAUGCCAGGAAGACCAAAUACACAAAACCCUUCCCGGCAAGGUCCACUGAGCCACAAUGGCUCUUAUGGCCCAUCCCCUGUGAGUGGAGAAUGCUCCCCUCCCCUACCAGCAGAGGCACCUGGGAGACCUCUCUCUGCUACACUCAGUCGAAGAGACAUGCCUAGAAGUGAACUUGUGCCAUUGGACAGACAUUCAUCUCGCCCUCGACCGUCAUCAGAGGCAUCUGGGAAACACUCUGCUCCUGACCCAGGUCCAGCUCCUGUGGUGAACACCAGCUCCACGCACUCUUCUCCUGCUAAGGCCAUGGAUGAGGGCAAGCAAACUGUUCGCCAAGAGCCUGAAGGCCCCUCAGUUUCCAGCACGACCCCAUUAGCUGAGCAUCCAGUAGCAAUAACAAGCAGUAACCUGAGUCACUGCUCGCAGCAUCCUUCUAACCUCUCUGAGUUGUCAUUGGCAACAUGGGGUUUACAUGGCUCCAAAAGCGACCCCUCCGUUUCCAGGGGUGCCGCUCUUAGGAGGCCCUGUGCCACGACCCAUUCGCUAUGGACCACCUCCUCAGCUCUAUGGGCCUUUUGGGCCUCGGCCAAUUCCUCCACCUUAUGUUCCAGGCUUGCGUCCACCAUUAGGCCUAAGAGAAUAUGCACCAGGUGUUCUGCCUGGGAAACGGGACCUGCCUGUUGACCCUCGGGAAUUUUUACCAGGACAUCCACCAUUUAGGCCUCCAGGGCCACUUGGUCCAAGAGAAUUCUUCAUUCCUGGUACCCAAUUACCACCUCCAGCCCAUGGUCCUCAGAACUAUACUCCACCACCACCUGCUGCAAGAGACUCACUGCCUUCAGGUCUGCGAGAGGAAGCCCCACCUGCCUCUCCAAGCAGAGUCCAGGGCCACUCACAGGCUUCAAAAGCCAGCCCCUAAGCAGUGGACAGUGCAUUUUUCAGUACAGCAAAGGAUUUUAUUGGCUUCAAAACCUAAAAGUUUGUUUUUAGUACUAAGCUGCCUUGGCAGUGUGCAUUUUUGAGCCAAACAAAAACAUACUAUUUUCCCUUUUAAGUAAAAAUCAGCUCUUAAGCUACAGAGCACCUCUCGACUUUGAAAUGUGCAAUAAAGAAUACCUAUGUUUAGUUAUUGUGGCAUAUGUAAUGAUUGCAAAAUGAUUCAGAAUAUCAUCAGUAUGAACAUUUCCUGUGGAAAUGCUUUAAGAACACGUGUUUCCAUGGCCUUGGUUUAGUGUGUGCCAGCUGAUACAGAGCAAGGUGUUUACAUCUCUAUCUGUGUCUCAAAGACUGUUACACUAAAAAAGUUUACUCAAGGAUCAUAAACUGUCCCGUUGCUAAAGUUCUUUGUGGUAAUAGUUCAUAAACUUUGUUUAUUAAUA